GUGGAUAGUUCGAUAAAAAUCAGUCCAGGUUGGUUCGUCCGGGGCUGUCUUCUUUAUCCAGGAAGCUCUUUCGGAAGUGUCAAAAGUUGCUAAAAAGUGUCGUCUUCCUCGCGAGUGUCUGAAAUUAUCCUGGACCUGUCAAGACGAGUAAACAUCCGGAAAUUCCAACACAGCUUCCCUUGUUUUUAUUUCGUUCCGACCUCUCUCGGUUGGAAUGAUAAAUGGUAGCAACCAGCGGGAUGGUGUAUGAGGAGAUUGUGGGAGUCCGGGGCAGCUGACCCCAGCCCCCUCGGACGCUCUUCGUUCGCGAGAUGCCCCACAAUCUAAACACAACUUCUGCCAACUCAGCAAAUACGGGGCCUAACCAUCAGGCUUGCCCUCCACCUCAGCCUUAUCAGCGAUUCAGUGGAGAUGGAUUUCAGCCAGAGAAAGAGCCUGUGGAGUUUGAAACCUCUCAUCUUCGAGGUGCACCAGCAGAAGUUGAGGCCCUCGUUCACAACAUCAAAGAGGUCGCCCAGCAAUUUCUCUAUCACUGGAGAACCUUUCCUAUCGCCUUGCCUCCUCCUCUUUCGACCUGCACCGAUGGAGAAGACACCCUGGCUCGGAAAAAACAUCACCUGAGGGACUUUUUCGUCGCCCCCAGUUUCGACGAAUUGGACGCAGUUGCUGUAGACAGCAAAGGAGAGCCUAGAAGACUUACGAACAAGCAGCUAGAAAGCAUCAGAGAAAGGGGCUUGCACAAGGAUAAGUAUGGAAAACCGAAGAAGCUGAAUGUCGUUCAAUUGGAGAGCAUUCGGAGAUGCGGAGAGUUCGAAGUAGAUUCAAUCAAUUUUCCUGGACAAAUGCACCGAUGGAGAUUGAGUGCUCUUUUGCAACGAGGUAGAGAUAGAAGAAGAGAAGCGCUAUUAAUUGAUCUCGCUUUAGCUACAAGAUUUUUAGUUGUGACUGCAAAAGCUAGAUUAGUGUCUCACUGUUUUAGCGUUUCACAGUCCUUUAGGUCGAUGCUGACUGGACUUCUUAGACUUCUUGAUAUUAUAGUCGGCGUGCCAUCGUUACAAGCACAGAAUUUAGAUGCCAAAAUCCGAGAAGAGCGAUGUCGGUAUCUCGUAGCCGAGUUGGUUUGCAGGGCAGAGUACGAAGACUCGCUGGAGUUGCUCUGCGGUUUUGUCCGAAGACAGCUUCGGCGAGCCACUAUGGAAAAGUUCGAAGUUGAAAGAGAAUCUUCGCAAUUGUUGCCUGUACCAGUUCCUUUUGUCUUUGGAACUCCUGGAGGAGCUGCCGUGGACUUGAGACUAUUUAGCAGAGAUAUUAUUAGAAAAGCUUUGCCGACACUAAUUGCAAUUUUGGAAAGAGAAACAAGAGGCUGGUUUCUGCAUUUCAGAGAAAGACUCAUUUCGGAAUUGAGGGCUCAGAAGAAAACUGAUGAGGAAAUUGAGCAAGAAGUAAACGAGGCGGUAAUGCGGGAAUAUUUACAGCGAGUCUACUCCAGCAUUUUAUCCCAUCCGGAUAUCCACGCACUAGGCGAAGGAAUCGCACAGCUUCUUUUGCAACAGGCACAAUCAGUCGUUCUGAUGCACAGAGCGGUGGAAAAUGUUCAACGAAGAUUAAAUCAAACAAAGGAUACUUUGCGAGAGCACAUAGAACACGAGCAUCCAGUUUUGUCUCGAAUUGGCCCCUGGAUGCGAGACCGAAUGCGAGAAGCUGAAGCAAAUUUUAUCGAAGAGUGUGAAUGGAGCGCACACGAGGAAGCUCUCACUUUGUGCAGUCACCAAAAUCUUCAGCAGACUGUCUACUUUCUUAAUCGAGAUCUGACUUUUAUGCGAGAGAGAGAACCAGUUUUACUGAAGGAGCUGCGCAAAGUGAAGACACCGACGAGAAGUUUCCAGUGGCCGACUCAAAUUUGGCUUCCGGGGAACUGGACUAUCAGACGAAGUUUUCAGGGCCAGUCGGAAAUUAUUCCAACAGUUUUAAGUAAUACUCCUACUUCCAUCACGACUCCUCGUGCCGAUCCGAAUCAACCCAUCUUCCUCGUGGAGCGCGAAAUAAUACAUACGACGACAACGAGAUGGCCCAUGUGGCGAUGGAUAAACUACAUAGCGAGAACCUGGUGUUGGACUUGGAAUGCAAUGUUCCUAUUGGGAGUGGCAGUACCCUGGGCUAGUCCCGUCUCUUUGAGAGCUCUUUUAUUAGUCGAACCAUUUACACCCGACUUAGAGCUCAGUCAACUAAACGGAACUCUCUUCCCUCGAAAAUCGUCCCAAACUCCCACACUUUGUUCUCGGCUCACGACCCUUUGGAGACACAUCAGCAAAAGUCGGACGCACUUUGAGACAGAACCCGAUACGGGAUUUAUUGGGAAAGGACUGACAAGACAUAUUAACAGACUGUGGAACUACGGUGUGAAAGGUCUUCUAGGAACUCUUGUGAUACUCUUCAUUUUUCCUGUAGUUUGUAUUCUCGUCAGUUUUGGAUCACUUUUUAUUGCCCUCACAGCAGUAAUGUGGAUGCCUUUGGUGACUUUAGCUCUCCACGGAUUUAUGGCUUUAAUCGUGGAUUUAGAUUGUCCCGAAACAAGUCGGAAUCGCUAUCUCGUCGUGAUGGAAGCUUUACUUUGGAAUAUCGGCGUACAAGGAUUUCUACAACCAAUUGCUGCAUUGUUCGUCGCCCUUGUCAUCUGUCCCAUCAUUUCCUUUAUGAUACUGACUGUGGCUGUGAUACGUUAUUGUAUUAGAGUUGUCUGGGAUGCGCUAAUGUUCCACCUGGUGAUAAAAAAUAGAGGAAGAAUUCCUGCGAGCGACAGUUUCGUUGUUAAGCGAAUCGCCGGGCCUGGUCUAGCCUCUGACUAUUAUUAUCAAGUGAGACCGGAACAAGCAUUAGCAGCUUUCGAAGCUAAACUUGAACUCGACGAGUUGCUAGCCUUCCAACAAGAAAUGGAACGACUAAUAACCCAGCCUCAACGGGAUUUUACACAAUUCGUUGAAGCCUGUUUCGGUCCUUUUGCCGCAAGUCUGGCCAAAACGAAAGAUCCCUACAGAACUCUUGAAAAGGAGGCAAGAAGUUUGAUUUCCGUUCUCCACGAAAAACUUGAUCGACGUCGAAAGGAUUUACAAACGGGACUUGGGGUCGUUGUCAGAAGUAAAAUUAAACUAGCAACCUACGAUCUCAAGGUGGUGAUCCAACAAGGAGCGAUGAUGUUGGAACGCCUCUAUCCUUCUCACGUUUUUGCUAGACUUUCCAGCAGCGAGGAUGACUUUUGGGAAAAUAAAGGCUUAACUGUGGGCGAUUGGGCUGGACUGGCUGGACUCAUGUAUGCUGAGAUUUUCAGUCUGAAUUUCCUUCAGCCUCUGGAUGAUGCAGACACAAAGUUUAAACUUGAACCGCAUCCCGGGAUUGAUUUAGCUCGAUACACGGAUAUGGUUCACAAUACUGAGAUGGGUGGAAUCAACGGACCCGAUUUACUUGGUGCUGUUUAUGCACCUCGAGGGAAUAUUCAGGUCCAUAGUCCUUAUCUCGAGGUCUCCGCUUUUAAUCCUAGAGCCAAGCAGCCAAACAAUAGCAGGAAGCCUGACAAACGCGAGAACACCGGAUUACUAACAUCAACAAAAUUGCGACGUCGCACCCUCCCUCGAAACGGAGGAUCCGUAGGACGAUGGCAGCCCUGGAAACGACAAAUGCGACCCUACAGUGCCGAGAAGCUCCUGAUUCCUCUCCCAAUUCCUCACCCAGCGCACAUUGCAGUCACAAUUCACAAUCGUGACUCCGAAGACCCCAUUCCCCUAGAUUCCGAAAUUUGUCAAAAUAUCCUCCGGGCCAUCGAGGAGUCUCCCGGUGAAGUGGCAAUCGAGACUGUCGGCCGUUUCCGGAGCGGUGGUGACUCGAGUUUUGAUUCCGUGGCCUCUCAAUCUUCCGUUUCGAUCGACACUGGCUUGGACAAAGCCGACGAGACUCAGGAAAGCGGCAACGAGGAAAAAGAGGGCGAGACCUACCAUUGGACUCUUUCCAAUUGGGGAGGUGGCGGCAUGGCCAGAAGAAGAAACAAUUCUGGAACCGUAAAAGUCGAUCUCGCUUCCCCAGAGGACGUCACUCUCGAUACCGAUACCACUAGAGUCAUGUUCAGCACAUACGGAACAACCGUCUGAAAUUUUGUACAAUACGCCGAUCUUUUAAAGACAUUAGCGAUUACGAAGCGUAGCGUUUUCAACGGCAGUACAAAGCCUUCCUGUGUUUUACUUUCUCUCCUUAAAUCGAAUUAUUGAAGAGAACGCUUUUUAGUAGUUUAAUUCCCUGAAACGAUUCGAGGAAUCGAUUAUUUUGACAGCAGAUUUCUGCUGCAUUCGCUAAGACCGAAUCCAUUUCAAAUCAUCCAGGUGACAUGUUCAGGAGUGGUUUUGCCAAUGAAAUUUGUUUUUGUACGUGGAAAAUAAGGAGACGAGUAUUUUUUUGAAUUAACAUAUGGAAAUUUUUACAUCUUAUACGAAUAUUUUAACAAUUUUUUGGGAAAAAUGAGUUCUUUAUUUGUUAAUUUCACUUUAAAAUCCGUGUCAUUUCUGUAGUAUUAAGGAUAUUAAGAGCUUUCUUUUCUUAGUUUAUCUAGUUUUUUGCAUUGAUUUAAAAUCAAUUGCAAAAAUGAAAAAAUAAAUAUAUAAAAAAAUGGUAAAGUUAUUUUGUUUUUGAAAAAAAAAGAAAAACUUUGUUAAUCACACCUUUUUUCACUCUUUCGAAGCCGAUAAGAGAAACGAAAAGAUAAUAAUAAAUGGUAAAGCUGUUGAAAUUUGUUGAACAAAUUAAACAUGAAAUUUUCUUAAAAUUUCGUAUUUUAAUUUUGUUUUUAAAUCAAAACAGCUUUAUAAUUUUUUAUUCUUUCUUCACUUUUUGCAUGGUUUUCGAAAGAGUUAAAAAUAACUGAACAAACUGCAACAAGAAAAACCUUAAAAUCUUAAAGUGUCAAAAAGGACAAAGUUUUGACAACAAAAUUAGAAAUUAUUUUUUACUCCGCGAAAAACAAAAAGUACAUUUGGGGCUUUUGGGAAAAAAUUUCCUUUUCUAAAUAAAAAUAAAUUUACCUUUUUUUAAUCUUUUUUAUUUUGUUAUGAACUUUAAAAGAGUGUUUAAAACUGGAUUCACUCAAACUAUAAAAACCGUAAUAACUUAAAAAAUU